AUGAUUCACAAAUUAAGUUACGGAACAUUUAAUAAUCAUGAUCCAGAUAAACAUUUUCUUGAAUCUGAUGAUAAAAAUGUCAUAGAAACAUUUAAACAAUCUUUUCAAAUAUUUCCAACUACCAUAAUAAUUAAAAAUGCUGGUAGCAUGGCAAGAGACCAACUUUCAAUUCAAAGAACAUUUUUAAAUUUUUUAAAAACUGGGUUAUCUUUAUUUUUAGUAGGAGCUUCAUUUUUAAUUCAUUUUCAUAUAGACGGUGGUGAUAGCAGUGAAAAUCAAAAUUCUGAUGACAACUUAUUUAAUAUAUCAAUUAGUUUUUUUUCAUCGAGUAUGCAACAUAAUACAAUUGGGUUGGGAUUUAUAUUUUUAGCAUUUUACGUGAUAACUUGGGCAACUAUUAAUUAUUUAAGAUUUCAGAAAAUGUUAAUUAAUUCGGUUACAAUUAUUCAACAUGACGAAUUCAACAUUUUAGCUGUGAUAGCUAUGGGUUUAUUGAUAAUUACAGCUUUACUGUUUUUACAGUUUAUAUGA